AUGGGGUCGCCGCACUCUGACGACGGCGGUGAGCGCCCGGUCCGCAAGCAACUCUCCAAAGCGUCGAUCGAGCCCACCCCGCAAGACUCAGUUAAGGAGAACACUAGUGGUCGCAAGCGCUCCUUUGAAGAGUCCCGCGACACCGCGGAAGACUAUCACGAAGACGGCCAGGUCCGGAAGAAGCGAUCACGGGAGAGCACUCCGGAGGAGCCCCAGCAGAAGCAGGCCGGCAGCAAGAACGAAAGCGCUGGUCCCCAAGAAGUGAGUACUCCCGUUUCCUCCCUUUCUCGCACAGUCUUCCUCGACGCCGAGGGCCAAGAAACUGUGUUCGAUCACACCCAGAAGACUCCCGGGCUCGAUCAACCCAACGACCUCCCUGAAUGUGACGAAUACCAUUGGACCAGGGCAUUGGAGGAGCGCGAAAAGCUCAUUGAGCGGCGGUGGCAAGAUGUCCAUCAUCGCGACAAAGUCCUCCAGAAUCACGAGAAGUGGUAUGGGGAGUGUGUUGACGGCUUCGACGCUUCGAAGAGUGCCCUCAAGGUGCGCUCGCGGGUGAUGGACAAGCGUGAGAGGAUGGCUACAUCGCGCGAGAAGAUGGCUACGCAGCGGGAGAAGGCAGUUGCCAUCCGCGAAAUGCUAGUCCGAAUUCGCGAAGAGAAGGUGCAGAAGCUCGAACACGAGCUGCUGGAAGAGACCGUCAAAUUCGAGCCCAACCCCUCACCCGAGCCCUGGGAGACUUCUGACCUCGAAAGCACUUCUGGAAUCGAAGGCAACUGA